AUGCACUUGGCAAUAAUGGCCGAACUGAGCUCAAUCAUGCAUGAUGCCGAUGUCGCUUUGUUUCCAUGUCUUCAGGAAGGCGUGAGCACCGGUUUUUUGGGAGACAUCCCUACAUCCCAUGUGUUUCCCCUUAAGGAUAAUUCACCUCCUGAUAGCACCCCCCUUUCGGUUCAUAUGCAAAACUGGCAGUCAGCGGAAGCUGACCUCGACUUGACUCGCGAGUUGGUGCAAGAAGAAAUCGACAAAGGAUGGGUCUUUGAGUUCCCUGGAGACCUUUCCCAGGCGCAGGCUGCAUACCCUACUGGGGUCUCGGUCGGAAAGCUCGGUGUGGCUACCUCCGAUAUACUCGACCGCCACGCCUAG